UCGUCAUCAGCAGCACAACAACACCAACACGCCACGCGAGGGCACGUCCGCCAGCCCCUGCUGCACACUGAAGACGAUGGAGGCUCCGGCGGCCGCUGACCCCUCUCACAAUCCUUUCACGGGGAAACAGUCACUCGAUGAAUUCAUCAAGCAAAUCAUGACUACUGUGCGUGGGUGUCAGAAGUCCUGUGCUGAGCUGCAGGGCUGGCACCAUUACCGAGACUAUAUAGGGGUGCAGCGGACCAUGGAGAGGGUCAAUGACACCAUCACCUCACUUAUGAAGGAAAUAUUUGAUCACCAGGACAUAAAGCUGGACCUGUCUCGCCACAAGCUGUCUGACCAGAUGGACAUGAUGAGGGAAGGCAAUGAUGCUCUCCUAGAAAGAAUUAAUUCUGACAUUGAUGAAGCUUCUGGACUGAAAAAAAAUGCUAAUGCUGAGCUUCUGGAACCCGUGAUCAAAAAGGUUCAGGGCCCAUCUUCUCUGCAGAUAGGUGGAAAAAAUAUUGUUUUGUUAGCUGCCAGAAAUGUACAGAAACCUCAGUUGUUCUUCAGUGAAAAGGUUCAAAACUCCUCCAAGGAACCAUUUAUCCCAAUCCUCAAAGAAAAGCCAAACUCUCUCAAGCCACUCUCUGUUCUUCUUUGCCUCAAUUCCUUUGGUCAAGAAUACUACAAUCACCCUUAUGAGUAUGAACUCCAGCACUGGAGUCCAGCCCCCUCACAGCUUGUCCCUGUAGAGCCAGUGGCCCCCAAGCCCCUGAAUGAAACACCCCUGACCAUGGUGACCACGGAGGAGCAGCUCACCGACAUGGUUCAGAAGCUGAAAACCUGCACAGAGUUUGCCGUUGACUUGGAGCAUCAUGCUUUCCGAUCAUACCUUGGGCUGGCUUGCCUCAUACAAAUAUCAACCCGGGAGGAAGACUUCAUCGUGGAUCCACUGGUGCUGCGCGGGAAGCUGACCGUCCUCAAUGAAGUGUUUACUGACCCUAAAAUAACAAAGGUGAUCCACGGUGCAGACCACGACAUCCUUUGGCUGCAGCGUGACUGUGGGGUGUACGUGGUGAACCUCUUUGACACCCACCAGGCAGCCGUGGUGCUUGAGUAUCCCCGACGCUCUCUCGCUGCCCUGCUCCUCUGCUUCUGCAACAUUCAGGCCAACAAGGUGUUUCAGAGGGCAGACUGGAGGAUCCGGCCUCUCACCCAAGAAUUCAUUGACUAUGCCAGGCAGGACUCUCACCACCUGCUGUAUAUUUAUGACCUCAUGCGCAACGAACUCAUUGAAAAGGGAAACCAACUCAAUAACCUGAUCACGGCGGUUUACCAGCGCUCUUUGGAGCUCUGUUUAAAGAGGUAUGAUAAGCCAGUGAUGGGACCAGACAGCCACAUGAACCUUUACCGCCACAGCCGCAAGACCUUCAACUCCAGACAGAUGUUUGCCCUGCGAGAACUCUUCCUGUGGAGAGACAAGGUUGCACGGGAGCAGGAUGAGAGCCCUGAGUAUGUUCUUCCCAAACACAUGCUGCUGCAGAUUGCUGAAGUUUUACCAAAGGAGAUGCAAGGAAUCCUGGCCUGCUGUAACCCCAUCCCAACCCUGGUCAAAACGGAACUCCUUACGCUUCACACCAUCAUCAGGGAAGCCAGGGAGCAGCCUCUGAUUGAUAUCAAGGGUACGCCAGUUGUGGCACCGAUAACAGUACAGACUUCUGAAACUGACAGCCUCACCCACAACCUGAACUGCAAGCAUGACCUCUCCCAGUGUGAGGACCACCCCACCGACCUGCCCACACUGCUCAACCCAAGGGAGACAUUGCUGGGGAACCUCUUCUCUGAGGCUGAUGUUGUUUCCACAUUCAAAGAAAAGUCAGACAUGUUUGGGACGUUGAAGCCUAAGCGCGUGCAUCCAAAAAGUGUGGUUGAGGUGGAGAAGGACAUGAUGCAGAAGUUCAUGAGUCCAUAUGAGCGAUACACCGCCUACAUGGAGGUGAAGCCAUUCCUGGAGGGAGGCAAGCGAAGGAAAGACACGGAGGCUGAUGAUUUGGAGCGAGUCAGCCGGGUACGAGACCACUUCCUGUCCCUCUCCAAGAACACACCAAGCAUACCAGAGGAGGUUGGAAGAGUGGCAACCAACUACCUGGUAGAGGCAAGUCCCCAACUCAAGGUAGAAGGGCUGGUGAUUGAUCAGAUGGAAGUUGGGAGCCACUUAAAUGAGGAUUCGGAAGACACAGAGGAGGAAGAGGAUGGAAAGAAAGCACAUCUGGAAGGUAGCAUGGAACAGGAAAAGGAGAAGAAGGUGAAGAAGAGCAGAAACACUACUCAAAAUAAGCCCCUGGUGCUGGAGGAGAGGAUAAAGGGGAAGAAAGCAAAAAAUAAGGCUCUGAAAAGAAAAUCUGAUGGAGAUGGAGAGUCACCCCAGAAAGUUCAGAAAACCAAUAAGGAAAAGGAGAGGAGUGAUGCGGCAACUGUAGAGACUGUUGAUGCAGAAGAGCAAGAAGACAGCAAUGGUCAAGAGGGCUCAGAAGCCUUUGACUAUGAAAAGGCUGACUACUCUUUAUUUCAAAAGUCAAAAAAUAAAGUACAAAAGAAGCAAAAGAUAAAAGAAAUGUUCAAGGGAAAGAAUCAGAAAAAUAAGAAAGGGAAAAGCAGCAUGAAGACCUUCACCUGGGGUGCUCAGAAGGGACAAUGGUAGCCAGCGAGUCUUCCUGCUGCUGCCUCCACCUCCUCUGUGAGCAGGGCAGCACAACUGUCUUGGGGUUUGUGAUAUAUUAGUUAAAAAUUUCACGUCAUGCUAUUUUAAUAACUUAAAACAUUUGUCAAGUGUGCAUUCCAAAUGUGCACUGUGGUCUUUACAUAAUGUAAACAGAGGUGUUACCCAAAAUCAACUGCAAAUUUAAGAGUGUUGGAAUCACUAACACAUACAGUCAUCUACUCUUUCAAUCGAGGUGAGUGUGAAAAUUAAUGUGGGGAGGGUUUGGCAGUGUUGAGCAUCGUGCAGGGGCAGUCUUAGAGACUUUUGACAUUUUCUCACAGUUGGGGAGAGCAACACUUCAGUACUCACCACGUCUUGAUGGACGGACUGUUACACUGCAGAAUCAUAAGUGUGAUUUUGACUAAGCCUCCUGAGGUAGCAUUCUACAGCUACUAAAUUCACUUAAUGUUAAUCUUCAUAGCAAUGCGUAUCACAUUGUAUUGUAUUUAUUCAUUAACUUCAUCCUGUUCUAUGGAAGUAUCUAUUUUGUUAUUUGGGUUUUUGCAAACCCAUGUAAAGAAAUGUAUACAAAAGUGUAUCAAAGUUUUAUAGAGAACGAC